ACCCACUACUCUCUUCUAUCAUCUCACUCCACAUUUCACAAAUAAUUCUCUUCUUUCUUCCAUACUCAUAUGGAUCCAAAAUAUCUUCAAACUCAGUCCUCUAGUUACGUAGGACUGCUUCACAGUCAACAAGGAAGUGUAUUCCAUGAAAACUUUCCUUAUGAAAGUUUUCAUUCUAGUGUUAACUUUGGAGAAUCAGAAAUCCCAGCGUUUAGCUCACAACAAUCUCAAGAGACACCACUGGACCGUGCUGUUCGUCGCAAAUGGACACCAGCUGAUGACGCGGUCCUUAUAAGUGCGUGGCUUAACACUUCCAAGGAUCCGAUAAUUGGAAACGACCAGAAGUCGGGGACGUUUUGGCAGAGGGUUGUGGACUAUUACGCAGCAAGUCCUCAUGGAGUAGAGGAAGGUGAAAAGAGAGAGCCUCAACAAUGCAGGAAAAGAUGGGGCAGAAUCAAUGAGCAGGUCAACAAAUUCUGUGGGGCGUUUUCUGCAGCAGAGAGACAACACGCAAGUGGUGAGAAUGAUUGUGAUGUUCUAAAGAACGCUCAUGACAUCUUCUACUCUGAUCAUGACCACAAGUUUACCCUUGAGCAUGCGUGGUGUGUGCUUAGGCAUGAACAGAAGUGGCGUUGCCUUAACCCUCCUAAAGCUACUGGCGGUUCAAAGAGGAAAAAUGUUGCAGAAACUUCAAGCACCAAUGCUCCAGACACCAAUGCUCCAGAAACCAAUGUUGGAGAAACUGAGACCCGGCCUGAAGGUAUCAAGGCUGCUAAGGCAAGAAGGAAUGGUGGGAAAGGGAAGUCCGUGGCUGAGUAUGCGAGUAUUUGGGCAAUGAGAAAGGAGGAUUUGGAGAAGAAGGAGACACUGUCAAAGCUGGCUAUACUGGACACUCUCUGUGCCAAGAAAGAACCAUUAACUGAGGCGGAGGAAGUGGUUAAGAAUAAGCUUCUUGUCAAGUAUUUCUGAAAACAAGGGUUCGAGAUCUAAUGUGUUGGUUUAACUAUGAUGUCCUUUGUAUUAUCUUAUGAAUGCUCUGCUUUGUAGUAUCUUAACUAUGCUUUGUAUGCUUUUUAUUUUCUGUUUUGUAUGCGUACUGGUUAUCUUUCAAUCAAUCAAAUAUGUUAUCUUUCAAGUUUAAAAUUAAAAUCUGUUCUUAU